AUGUUUUCCUCAUUGGCACUUUCAGUGCCUUUGCUGCUCGCCGGUUUACAGGCCACGGCGGUGGGCGCCAUCCCGAGCAUCUCGGCUGUCGGAUCCAAGUUCUUCUACGCAAACGGCACCCAAUUCUACAUCAAGGGAAUUGCUUAUCAGCUUACCCCAAGUGACCCGCUUGUCGAUACUGCCCAAUGUAAGCGCGAUAUCGUCCGCAUGUCUGAGCUGGGCACCAAUGCUAUCCGUGUGUACCACGUGGAUCCCAAUGCGGACCACAAGGGUUGUAUGUCGGCUUUCGCGGAUGCAGGAAUCCACCUGUUCGUUGAUCUCGAUACUUUCACCACUCAGAUCGAGCAAACCUCACCUCACUGGAAUGAGACCCAGUUUGAUCGCUUCAAGGAGGUGCUCGAUGAGUUCCAAAAGUAUGACAACACUGCCGGUGUUCUGGUCGGAAACGAAGUGUUGACCACUGCCGAUGGCUCUGCUGCUGCUCCCUAUGUUCUGGCUGCUGCUCGUGACAUCAAGGCCUACCGCGACCAAAAGGGCUAUCGCGAGAUUCCCGUGGGUUACUCCGCAGCUGACAUCGCGGACCUGAGACCUAUGCUGCAGAACUACAUGGCCUGUUCCUCCAAUGCGUCUGAGCGCUUGGACUUCUACUCGCUGAAUGCCUAUGAAUGGUGUGGAUCUUCCAGCUAUGCGCAGUCCGGGUACAGCGAGCUGCAGAAGAACGCGACCGACUACCCAAUUCCCAUCUUUUUCUCCGAAACUGGCUGUAACACCCCUAAGCCCCGUACCUUUGACGACCAGGCUGCCAUUUUCGGCGAGCACAUGGCUGAUACUUGGUCCGGUUCCAUCAUCUAUGAGUGGAUUGAAGAGACCAACGACUAUGGCCUGAUCAGCUACGGAGCUUCCGUCGACCCUGCUACCGCGACUGGCACUCUCAUCGAAGAUGGUUUCACUCGCCAGGGUACCCCAACCCCGGUAUCACCCGACUUCAGCAACCUCAAGUCCCACUGGGCUACUCUGAACCCUACGGGUGUUGCCAUGUCCGCUUACAAGAAGAGCGCCACCAGCGCCUCCAUCGAGUGCCCUGCGUCGACCUCUGGUGGCUGGGCUGUUGACCCCAGCUCGCCGCUUCCUACCUUGGGCCAGACCUAUAAGAAGGGCGGAUCUGGCUCUUCUAAGACCACCAAGAACAGCGAGGCUACCUCGAGCGGAUCUUCCUCGACUGCAUCAUCCACCAAGGGUGCUGCUAACGGGAUGACCGCCAGCUCGCCAGUCACUGAGCGCUUGCUCGCUGGCUCGCUGGCUCUGUCCGGUCUGGUAGGUGUUGUUGCAUUCUGGUUGUAA